AUGCAGACCAACGUGCAAAUCGACGCGAAGACGCUGCGGCACUCGCCCGAGCACGGCAAGAAGGGCGUCUACAGACCCACCGCUGAGGAGUUAGCAGCAUCAACGCCCACGCAACGAAACUGGCGCGGUAUCCUAAUCGCCCUGCUGGUCAUUGCAGCAGUCCUGGGUCUGAUUGUGUUCAGCAUCGCCCUGCUCACACCGGGGGGAGAGGGGGGCAAAGUCAGGGGGAGGAGACCGACCUUGCAGACUCUGCUCGGAUUAGGGUACAAGCCCUUCAAUGGCACUUGGCUUACAGACGAAGAACUGGUGUUCCGUGACCGGUGGGGAGGAUUGACCCUCUUCAACGUGAGGAACUUCACCACGAGGCUGCUCAUGAAUAAUUCUACAUUCAGAGAGCUAAAUGCCGUGGACUUCAGUGUAUCAGCAGACUUGAAAUAUGUACUGCUCAUAUCAGACGUGAAGCCGGGCUGGCGGCACGGCCGGCUCGCGCGGUACCACGUCUAUGACGUCAUAAACAGGAAUAAGAUUCCUGUAUCUCCCGACGAGGACGACCGUUCAGCCCCCUUGCUGCAGUACGCAGAGUGGUCCCCCGUCGGCUCCAGCCUGGUCUUCGUUCACGACAACGACAUUUAUUACAAACCGAGGGUUUUGAAGACACUAGUCUGCCGUAUCACUAAAACUGGUGUGCCGGGUGUAAUCUUCAAUGGCGUGCCCGACUUCCUCUACGAGACGGAAGUGCUUCGCCUGGACCGAGCGCUAUGGUUCAGCCCGGACGGACAGACCCUAAUGUACGCCACGUACAACGAUUCGCUAGUACAACAACACAAGUACUCAUGGUACGGGCUGGACCAACAAGAGCCACCAGCCUAUCCUAGUAUAAAGGCUCUGAGGUAUCCUAAGGUGAAUUCAAACAACCCAGUGGUGACGGUAUACGUUGUCAGUCUGAAGAUUCCUAAAUUUCUAUUCCCACACGCCAUACAGUUCACCUCUCAGGUUGACAAAGACUGGUACGUGCGUUGGACAUCCUGGAUAUCGGAGAGGCAGGUGGCCGUGCUGCUGCUGAACAGACCGCAGAACGUUUCCAUCGUCAGCCUCUGUAACGCUGCUACUUACAACUGUCAGGAUAUAUACCGUGAUGAAACUGACGGCACUCGGUGGUCAGGCCUCGGCGCAGAACCCGUAGAAGAUGACUGCGGGUGGUGCAGAGGAGGAGCCCUGGUCGGGGGUCGAGGGGGAAUCUUUACGACAGCCCCAGUGACCGACCAACCAGGGACGUGGAGACAUGCGGUCAAGAUCAGUCAGGAUGCGAGGACGCCGCUUACGCAGGGCACCUUCGAGAUUACGCAAUUGGUAGGGUGGGACGAAAGGAGACGUUUUUUAUAUGUAAUAGGCACUAUCCCCGACAAAGCGCGGCAAGGCGAGCGUCACUUGUACAGGGUGCAAGUCCCCCUCGACCCGGUAACGUGGCCUGAACCGCCUCUUUGCCUGACUUGUCCUGACGCUGAAGCUUUGGUCGCCGACAGCACUAUGGAGACAAGUAACGACGACGCGGAGUUCGACAACGGGACAUCAUCUCUCCCUGCCUGGCCGACCUCCACGGUGCUUCCUCACAUCGCUGAUGAAAAUGAUACCUUGCCGACUGUGUGUCUUUAUAACAGGGUCAUAUUUAGCAAGAACUUCUCUUACUAUGUUCAGGAAUGCUUGGGUCCCGGGCCGCCUGCCUACUUCCUGUGCACGGCAGCAGGCGUGCGCAAAGCCGUGUUGUGGGACGGACAACCAUUACGGCAGAAGUACGCCGCUCUAGCUGCGCCGCAAUCCAAAGUUUUUAGGGUUGAGGUGCAAGCUGACCGUGAAGCUCGUGUACGCCUGUAUUUACCACCGGGAUUUAGAGAAACGGAUGAUUUACCGUUGCCGUUGGUGUUGCAUGUAUCCGCCAAACCCGGAGGUCAGUUAGUAACUGAAAGAUGGAAACCGGACUGGGGCUGGUACCUUGCUGCAGCUAGGAACUUUAUCGUUGCUGAGAUAGAUGCUAGAGGCGCCGGAGGUCAGGUAAAGUUAUUUACAAAUCUUGCGAAACGAAACCAAUGUGACAUUUCUAGGAUUAAUUAUAGACCAAAAGAUGAAUUGGAGGGAGCAAACGGACAAAGUAUGUGCUAA